UACAACGCGUGUGCUGAAGCUUCAAAUCCGUGUCUGCGUUUUCAGACAUAUCUAUGUCGCGUGAAACAAAAGCUCUUUUAGCUUGACUUGACGAAUUCAAACCAAAUUGUCCUCAAGCGAGCAAUUUGCUUCAUGUGUUCUUUGAACCAAACCAACUCCACCCGCAACUUCUCCGAACAUGCAAUUGAAUAAUCAGUCUGUCCUGAUGGCAGAGCCAUCAUUCAUCCUUUCUUCUCAUUCGCAACUUGCGCCUCCUCUUUACAUCUACACCUUACCUGCAAGGAAGAGUUGCAACCUUUUCCGCAGUCUCUCACUCAAUCACGGACUGUGCUGAUGGGAACCGAAGAGAUCGAGCGAUGCAUUUCGUCUUCUGCUUCGAUCCACCAAUGGAAGUAUGAUGUGUUCUUGAGCUUCAGAGGCGAGGACAUAAGGAAGACCUUCGCGGCCCACCUCUUCCACGCGCUGAGGCAGGCUGGGAUCUGCUAUUUCAGUGACAAUGACAAAGUGGACACCGGGAUUUUCAUCGAGCCCAAGCUGCUCGACGCAAUUCGCCACUCUAGGGUUGCCCUCAUCGUGUUCACCACCAACUAUGCCGACUCAUGGUGGUGCUUGAACGAGCUGGUGGAGAUCCUGGAGUGCAACAGGAGGUUCAGAGAUCGUCAGGGUCACGUGGUUCUGCCCAUUUUCUAUGAUGUUGAGCCAGGGGACGUCCGGAAACAGAGCGGGAGAUUCGGGGAUGGUUUCGGAAGGUGUAUGGCCACCCACCGGGAUGAUUUGCUGAUGCAGAAGUGGAGGGAUGCGCUUAAAGAAGCUGGCAAUAUAUCGGGAUUGCAUUUGAAUAAUGAUGCUAAUGAGGAUCAAUCAAACUUCAUCGAGCAAAUUGUAGGACAUCUCUUCAGGGUCAGUCCUAGAUCAAUCUCCCCCUAUUUUGUCAAAAAUGCUAUUGGGCUAGAUUCCUUUGUAGAGGAUGUGAGAUCGUUGCUGGAAAUUGGGUCAAAGGAUGAUGUCCGUGUGGUUGGAAUAUGGGGAAUGAAAGGAAUUGGUAAGACAACGGUGGCCAAAGUUGUCUGUGAUCGUGUUUUUAGGCAAUUUGAAGGCGUUAGCUUACUCGAAAAUGUUGGAGGUGCAAACCAAGAUACUCUUUUACUUCUUCAGAAGAGACUUCUCCAUGAUGUUAUGAAGGUUCAAGGUCUAGAAAUGUUUGAUAUUAACAGCAGCAUCAACGAGAUAAAAACUAAGCUCUGUCGGAAAAAGAUCCUUGUAGUUCUCGAUAACAUCACUAAGAAGGACCAAAUUGAGUAUUUCGGAGCUGGAGAUCGUGAAUGGUUCCAAUAUGGGAGUAGAAUUUUGAUAACUACAAGAGAUGAGCAGUUGUUGGAAGAUCUGAAAGUAGAUAACAAGUACAUGUUCCCAGGAUUGACUCGUAAAGAAUCGCUCCAACUCUUGAGUCGCCAUGCCUUCUGCAAAGACCAUCCUGAAGAAGGCUAUAGAGAAUAGUCAGAGAGUCUUGUCCACUACACUGGUGGACUUCCAAUAGCUCUUAAAAAAUUUGGUUCCUUCCUCUCUAAGAAGAGAAAAAAACAGUGGCAUGAGAUAUUGGAGAAGUUGGUGAGAGACCCUCAUCUUGAUUCAGUUGGAUUACC